AACGUUUCAGUAGUGUGUGUCGUUUGUUUGGUGGCUGUCAACACGGUGUGUAAACACCUGCACGGAACAGAGCUUCGGAGACAGCACCGAGCAAAUUCACGUUAUUAAAUUAAUACGUGUGAAUGGGAGGGCUUGUAUGAGAGUUCCGCCGCUGACUGUGUGUCCCAGCAGGAAAGCGUCGAGGAGAAAGAGCCGCUCUCCUCUGCCGGUUUCAUUGUGAGCAGGAACGGACGCAGCUAAGCGGUGCUCGUCGACGACCAUGGCAGCGGCGACCGUUGUGGAGGCUGACCCGGCGCCGAGCGAAGGCGGCGCCGCUUUCUCCGGCGUCCAGAGCCACGGCUGGGACGAAUCUCAGCUCCGAAAAUACUCGUUCCCAACCAAGCCCAUCCCCAGGCUUUCUCACACGGACCCCAGAGCGGAGAUGCUAAUAAACAACGAGGAGCCGGUGGUUUUAACAGACACGAACCUUGUAUAUCCAGCUCUCAAAUGGGACAUCGCGUACCUCCAGGAGAACAUUGGAAAUGGAGACUUCUCGGUUUACAUCGCAGAAAAGCACAAAUUCCUCUACUACGAUGAGAAAAAAAUGUCCAACUUUGAGAACUUUGUCCCCAAGUCUCAACGAAUGGAAAUGAAAUUCUCCGAAUUUGUGGAUAAAAUGCAUGAAACGGAGGAAAUGAAAGGAGAAGAAAGAGUAUAUCUGCAGCAGACCCUGAAUGACACAGUAGGAAAGAAGAUAGUUGUUGACUUUCUUGGUUUCAACUGGAACUGGAUCAACAAGCAGCAAGCCAAGAGGAACUGGGGACAGCUGACAUCCAACCUGCUGCUCAUAGGCAUGGAGGGCAACGUUACGCCAGCGCAUUACGACGAGCAGCAGAACUUCUUUGCACAGAUCAAAGGCCAUAAGAGAUGCAUUCUUUUCCCUCCAGACCAGUUUGAAUGUCUCUAUCCAUAUCCUGUCCAUCAUCCAUGUGACAGACAGAGCCAAGUGGAUUUUGAUAACCCUGACUAUGAGAAGUUUCCCAAUUUUAAAAAUGUUGUUGGCUAUGAGGCUGUAGUGGGCCCUGGAGAUGUGCUAUACAUCCCCAUGUAUUGGUGGCAUCACAUUGAAUCACUGUUGAAUGGUGGAGUGACGAUCACUGUAAACUUCUGGUACAAAGGCGCCCCCACACCAAAGAGGAUAGAAUAUCCUCUGCGAGCUCAUCAGAAGGUGGCCAUCAUGAGAAAUAUUGAGAAGAUGCUGGGAGAAGCACUUGGAGAUCCACAUGAAGUCGGACCUUUACUGAAAACAAUGAUCAAGGGGCGAUAUGACCAGGAUCUCAGUUAGAGGCCCGCCGUUACAACUGUUAACUAGACAGCUUCAGGAACUGUAUGCAUGUGAAAGUGACACUGCUGGUGAGUUUAACUCGCAGUCUGUCUUUGGAGCUACGUAACACUGCAUGGCAAUAAGCAGCCAUCUUGAAACCGUUCUGCUUCAGUCGUCUCCGAGUGCCAUCGUCAUUGCAAACAAACAAUUACAGAAAAAUCCUCCAACUAACUCAUGGGAAUUCAACCUACUUGAAGACGUUUUUCUUUUGUCCUUGAAGACGAAGCCUAAUUGGACCCAAAUGUACAUGUAUUUAUAUCAAUCAGUAUUCUCCUAACAAUCCAGUCCAGCUAAUGAGUAUUAGCUUUAAUCGGGAAUUGUUUGAGAUUGGUACCUUUGGAGCAACCUCAAUAUUUUGACCACUAAUGGAUGGAUCAAAGGGUAUUAUAUAUUUUUAUAUACAGUAAACAUCAGUUAAAUAGUGGACAUUUCUCAUGGAUUAACUCAUUUGUGGCUUGAUUAGUAAUAUUGUCAUGAGCAUAUUCUUCAUCUUUAUGACAAAGACAGCUAUGCUACUGAGUGAUUUGAAAAUAUUUAUCUAUAUUAUCUCCACUAGUGACGUGGCUUAGGGCAGUGAUCGGCAAGAUUUUUGGUUCAACAUAGGCAGCAUAGGCACAUGCAUUAAAAACACAGAAGUACAGUAAUUAAAAACUGAUGAAAUAUGAUUAAAAUGUAUGGCUAUGAUAGAAGAGCACUCACAUUUUCAGUUGAAGGAAUAUGUGACCUCUAUAAGCUAAGUUUUUUUUUUAAAAAGUGUGUGAGUGUUUGCCUUUUGUUUUUAUAAAUGCUCUUGCUUGUUUGAUUUUUAUUUCAAGGACUUUAUUUGAUGUGUUAUUCUGCAUAUUAGAAACGGAUGAGGGAGUGCCGACAUUACGUUACACAAUGUCAUUUUGGUUGCAAAUAGUUAAUUUUAAGAAUCAAAAGAAAAUACAGGAAGCUACUGUGCUUUGGGGAAAUUUCUGUGUAAUAUAAAAAUAGUAACAACAACAGUGAGAAUAAAAGGGGUUUAAUUGUGUAAGUAAAUUGCAUAAAUGAUAGAUUUAUGUUAAAAUGCUAUUAGCUAACUGCACUAGCAGAUCUACAGUAUAGCCAUUGCAAUGCAAUAUAUGGCGCCAUCUAGUGGUCAGGUUUGCAAAUGUAUGAUAAGCUUGACGUAUUACCUGAUCUACACUGCAAUGCAAUAAUUACUCUGCCAAGGAACGUGGUGGAGUUAUGUGACGAUCAGCAUAUGUUUGUUUAUCUGUCUGUGCACAACAUUACUUAGAAAUGGAAUAUCGAAUUUGGAUGAAAUUUUCAGGGAACAUCAGAAAUGACACAAGGCCCACCUGAUUACAUUUUGGCAGAGAUGUGGCUUAUAGUCUGGAUCCACCCAUUUGUUAAAGAUUUCUGUUUCAUUUAGGGCUGGACCCAAAUAUCUGAUUAUUCGGUUGUUGUGGUGGUAUCCGAAUAUUAAUUUUGAGACCUGAAUACUUGGAUCCCUUUCCUCCCACUGUAUCUUGAAAAUGUGCUUCACCUCUACCCCUGGCCGACGAACCGAACGUUCGUCAUUAAUUGGGCCUGAAUAUCCAGAGCCCAGAAAUUGCUAUUUGAACCAGCCCCAGCAUCAUUGCGAGAUAUGGCGUCACUUUUACUUUGACAACAAGCCACCUGACGAUCACGACUGCAAUCCUGCUAUAAAUCCAACGCUGCACACUGAUCCGUCAGAAAUCAUACAACAACUGAGCAGCCUUGACGCUCUCUUGAAUGCUUUACUUGUUCAGUAUGUUACAGUAAAUGCAGCAGAUCUGAGAUACAAUGAUGAUGCAGUGUGUACUAAAAGCCGAAUUCCUGUAGAUUAACAAUCAUCUGAAAUCCAAUUAUUGUUACAUUGUCACGGACAUGUUUUAAAGACCUCAAAGUGAAAGCAACUUGAAAGAUAGCUGUGCAAGUUUAAAGUGCUUGAAUCACUAUAAAGAUUAACAGAAUAAAAAGGGGAUAAUUUCAUAUACUGUGCUGUAUGUGCCAAACCAACACACAAACCAGUAGAUGAGUAUCUUCAAGAUUAGAGCAUUUUUGCAUGUGAAAUUGGAUGGACCAGCAAAUAGUGAACUUUAAAAGUUUUUAGGAGUUUUGUCUGAUUAAGGUUCAACCUUUAAACUGCUGAUUAUGUGCAUAUGUAUUUAAUAUAAAUUGCACAAUGAUCAAAUAAUGACUGCUAAUUCCUCUUUAAAAAAUAAUUUACCAGACAAAAGACUGAUAUUUCAUCUUCUUCUACUGAUAAGUUAAUCGUUUACGUCAUGUGCCUUGCCAUACAUUGGCAUGGCAUUAAUCGUCGCAGGAGCUUGAUUUUUAAUUUUUCUAUUUUAUGAUAAAAAACGGUUGUUUUCACUCUGGCAUUAAACAGCUUUAAUGGUGAGAAUGACAACAGUUCAUAGAGAUAGAGGCAUGUUUUUAUUGAUGGGUGCCUGUUUUUUGUGUUUCAACAUGUUGUCUCCUUGUUUCUCUGAUUAAAGUUUGUUUUAAAAGUUCUAAA